GUAGAAGAUCAACAAAGUACAGUAAGGCCCCGCCCUCCGUUCACGGCGUGUUUCCGGUUCGUGUCCUGGACGUUCAUUCACAGCCACAGCUGUAACCUGCCUAAAGUGUCCUCCUCAGGACGGAGAAGCUCCUCUUUAACCGCUGCGAGUGUCGCUAAAAGGUCUGACCAACAUGGCUCCGAAGAGACGAGCUGCCGCUGCCGCCAAAGCGGGAGGGAAGAAGGUGAAAGAGGAGCCCGAGACGCCCCAACCCAAGGAUGCCUUCACCUCCGCGAAAGAGGCGCUCCUGGCUGCAGGGCCGCAGAAUAAAGGCAGGAAGAGUGUGGAUGAACACUGUCCUCUGGCCCACGGCGAGGUGUAUGAGGACUACGCCUGCAUGCUGAACCAGACCAACAUAGGUCACAACAACAACAAGUUUUAUAUUAUCCAGGUCGUUCAAGAAAAAAAAAAGUUUUAUUCGUGGAACAGAUGGGGGAGAGUGGGUGAAGUCGGACAAGACAAACUCAACCCAUUCGAUACGCCUGAGAAAGCUGUCAAGGACUUUGAGAAAAAGUUUAAGGACAAGACCAAAAACGACUGGAGCAACAGGAGCAACUUUGUCACUCAUCCUGGGAAAUACACUCUGAUCGAGGUGGAAGGAGAGGAGGAUGCCGAGGUCAAGGUUGACAGCGUUGAUGGAAAAGCAGCCACAGUGUCUAAAAACGUCCUGCCUUGUACCCUCGAUGAAGCCACCCAGAAGCUGAUUUCACUCAUUUUCAGCAAUGACAUGUUUAAGGAAGCAAUGGAGUGCAUGAACUUAGAUAUCAAAAAGAUGCCUUUGGGCAAACUGAGUAAGGUUCAAAUUGCAAAGGGCUUUGAGGUUUUAGAGGAGAUUGAGGCAGCCAUGAACACACCCAACCAAAGAAAUCGUCUGGAAGAACUUUCCUCCAAGUUUUUCACCACAAUUCCUCACAACUUUGGCCGGAACAGGCCCCCAGUCAUCAGCACCAAAGAGAUCAUUGAGAAAAAAAAAGAGAUGCUUAUGGUGCUAGCCGACAUUGAGCUAGCUCAGACUCUGAAGUCUGAAACUGAGAAGGCUCAGGAGGAGAUGAUCGAAAAAGUUCCUCAUCAGCUCGACCAGGAUUACGCCUCUCUCAACUGCAAACUCAGUUUACUGGACAAAAAGUCUAAAACAUAUAAGAUCAUCGAGACCUACCUUAAAGCCACUUCUGACAAAUACUAUAACCCGACAAUUGUAAAUGUGUGGGAGGUCGAUAGAGACAUGGAGGCGGAGCGUUUUGCCGAGCACGACUCGCUGGAAAACCGCCGUCUUCUGUGGCACGGCACAAACAUAGCCGUGGUUGCAGCGAUUCUGAAGAGCGGUCUGAGGAUAAUGCCUCACUCAGGAGGCCGUGUCGGUCGAGGGAUCUACUUUGCAUCAGAGAACAGCAAGUCUAUAUGUUACGUGCGCACUUCAAACCGAACAGGGGUGAUGUUUCUGAGCGAGGUCGCACUCGGAAAAGAGCACACCAUUACCGAAGAUCAGUCCUCUUUGAAGAAAGCCCCCUCAGGUUUUGAUAGCGUGGUGGCACGGGGUCGAGUGGAACCAGAUCCCUCUAAAGACACUACCAUCACCCUGGGGGGUAAAGAGGUCGCCGUUCCACAGGGAAAACCCAAAGAGCAGCGGCAGUUCUCCGACAGCUCCUUCUCCAACAGUGAAUAUCUCAUUUACAAAGAAAGCCAGUGUCGCCUUCGCUUCCUGCUGGAGAUCAACACGCGUCAUUGAUUUGAAUCAGAACCGAGCACUUCGGAAGGAUCUUCCUCCAGAGCGAUAGAUAUACUGCAGUGAUCCUCGAUGUACCUGACCAUCUCUUUAAACUGUCUGCCAUGACCCUAAAGCCUCAUUCUCUUCUGUGCCUUCCAGCAUGAUGCUGCUGGUACUUCUUGUGUUGCAUAAACUAGAAAUAAUAAUUCUAAUGAAGAGAUUGUAACUGCACUGUAGUGCCACAUUUAUAUAGAUGUCUAAACUCCGCUACAUUUGCACUUUUCCUGUAGUUUGAUGCUGCAGCAUGUCCUUUAUUUAGCAUGUCCGACUAAGAAUGGUUUGGCUUCUUUCAGUCUGCGGUGUGGAGCAGAUGGGAUAAUAUUGAUUUCUUCUUUGAAUACCUGUGGAUUUUAAUUCAAGAGUUAUUCACUUGAAGGAAAAAUGUUUCUGGGAUCUUUGCAUGCAGCAUGUCUUUGAAAACAUUUGAAGUAAUUGUAACUCUACAGUACAUUGCAACAACAUUGGGGCUCUUUGUGGUUGCAGAAAAGAUGUAUGUGAUGUUUUGAGAGAUGUUACAAAUCCAAAGUUUCCUGUAAAAAAAUAAAAUAAAAUGCUGCAUUUGAAGUGAAGGUACAUGCAUAUUUACACUGUGAUCACUUUAAUUCCUAAAUAAACUGAUCAUCCACAUUAUUAUUCUUAA